CUGCUCUACCGUCCGUCAGUGCAGAGAGUUGAAGACACCAGCCGGACUUCUAACCCUUUCACCCACGCCAUCACCAGACGACCCUGCACCGCAGGCCACCUCUAACGACAAACUAAGAUGGCCAGCACAGAGGGACCCGCAGGGCCAGAGCCCACAGCACCCCAAGAAGUGCUCUACUGCCAAGUAUGCUCGUUCCCAGUCGAGUACUGCGAGUUCGGCUCCAGCCUGACGCGCUGCAAAGAAUGGCUGCAGAAGGAGGACCAGGCGCUGUACGACCGGUUCUACUCGGAGGAGGCGCUGCAGGCAAAGAUUGGGACGUUGAGUCUGGAGGCGCAGACGAAGCUGGAAAAGGAUACGGCGAAGAAGGAGGCGAAGGCGGAGGCGAAGGCGGAGACUGCGCUCAAGAAGAAGAUGGCAUCACAAGUAACGAUCAAGCGGAUAGAGCGCAACAAGCGCAAGCACGUCACCGCCAUCCACGGGCUCGAGAACUUCGACGUCGACCUGAAGAAGGCGGCGAAGUUCUUCGCGCAGAAGUUCGCGACGGGCGCGUCGGUGACGAAGAACCCGCAGGGGCUGGACGAGAUCGUCGUGCAGGGCGACGUGAGCGGGGAGAUCGUGGAGAUGAUCGAGGACGGCGUCGGGCUGCUGAAGGGCGUGCCGAAGGACAACGUCGUCGAGGUUGAGGAGAAGAGCAAGAAGAAGGGCGAGUGAGCGGUCGGGGAUGGUGCGAGGGGUGUACGAGUGGCUGGGACGACACAUCAAUGUAACAUAUGUACCCUACGUACCGCAUCUCAAAGAGUUCAAACCAAGGC